AUGGUCAUGUGUGUUGAGAAUGUAUGCGGACACGAGCGAUGUGAUCUUUGGCUAUGUUUGCUCGGGGGAGAUAGCCCCCACCAUGCAGUGGGCACGAACGAGCUUGGUUGCUUCCUGGCGCCUUUGAUUGCGCGGAUCGAAGUGCGACCCCUACGCAGCAUCGCCCAAGGAGAUUUCUUAUCGCUCAUGGAGUUCAUAAGGGAUACUCACCGUACAAACGUCAUGCACCAGGGUUUGUCUUUGGCACAGAUCCAGACAGCCAUGCCGCAACCAGCCCGGGGAAAGCUGUUCAAUACGUUUGUCUCAGUCACUCCAUCGUUGGAGCUUGCCUCGUUCUUGCAUUUCGAACCUCUGGACAGUUCAACCGACAACGAGUUCGACUUGUCGCUCGUCGUGGCUACGGGCACAAUAACUUCGGUAGGGCUGGAGUAUGAUCCGCGCUACAUCGACAAGAGCCAUGCAGAGAGUGUUGCACACUCUGUAGAAUAG